ACCCAGGGAGCGUGUUUAUGAAACUGACAGUGACGGGUGGCGGCAGUCAGCCGCAGACAUGGACUGGUCCCGGUUCUGGUUCUGGUCCUGGUCCUGGUUCUGGUCCCUGGCAGCAGGCCUCCUGGUCGCUCAUGUUCUCCAGAGGUCCUGCUUCCCGUUCUUCUGGAAGGAUCUGCUCUUCCUCUCCAAGGUGAUCCGCUACGGCGCGAGGCUGGAGCUCUUCAAGCUGACGGCCCGGGUCCAGACGGUUCUGGACCGGUUCGUGGACCAGGCGCAGCGGAUCCCCGAUAAGCCGUUCAUCAUCUGUGAAGGCUCGGUCCACAGCUACCGGGACGUGGACCUGCGCAGCAACAGGCUGGCCAACGCGUUCCUGCAGCAGCAGCGGGGCCCCCAGAGGGGCUCCUGCGUGGCGCUGUUCAUGAGCAACGAAGCGGACUUUGUGAGCGCCUGGUUCGGCUUGGCUAAGCUCGGAUGUUCGGUGGCUUUCCUCAACAUCAACAUCAGGUCCAAGAAGUCUCUGCUGCACUGCUUCGACUGCUGCGGGGCCCGAACUCUGCUCAUCGGCUCAGAUUUACUGGAAUGUCUGGACGGGGUCCUGCCGAGCCUUCUGGAGAACAACAUCCAGGUGUGGACCAUGAGGAGCCACUGUGAGCAUCCACAGGUGCACACUCUGCCGGACAGGAUAGCGGCAGCGUCCGAUCAGCCGGUACCGGCCGACCUGCGCGCCGCCAGCUCCCUGAAAACCCCCACCCUCUACAUCUUCACCUCUGGAACCACCGGUCUCCCAAAGGCUGCGGUCAUCACUCACCUGCAGAGCCUGAAGGCAGCUGGGGGCUUCUGGGCCUUCGGAGCGACUGAGAGGGACGUGAUCUACAUCCCGCUGCCGCUCUACCACAGCGCCGCGUCGCUCAUCGGGAUCGGAGGAACCAUAGAGCUAGGAGCCACCUGCAUCCUGAAGAAAAAGUUCUCAGCCUCCCAGUUCUGGACUGACUGCAGGAAAUAUGAAGUCACUAUAUUCCAGUACAUUGGUGAACUCUGCAGGUACCUGUGCAACCAGCCAAAGACAGAAAUGGAGCGGGACCACCGGGUUCGAAUGGGAGUUGGGAACGGGCUGCGUCAGGACGUCUGGCGGGAGUUCCUCAGCCGGUUUGGAGACAUAAAGAUGUGUGAGGUCUACGGCUCCACGGAGGGAAACCUGUGCUUCAUGAACCACGUCGGCCGGAUCGGAGUGGUGGGGCGCUCCAACUUCUUCUACAGGCUUCUGUUCAAGUACGAUCUGGUGAAGUACGACAUGGUUAAAGACGAACCGGUGAAAGACCCUCAGGGUUUCUGCCAGAGAGUCAAACAAGGAGAGACGGGGCUGUUGCUGGCCAAGGUCAGCGCCCUCAGCCCCUUCUUCGGCUACGCUGGAAACAAGCAGCUGACGGAGAAGAAGCUGCUGAAGAACGUCUUUGUGAAGGGGGACGUCUACUUUAACACCGGGGACCUGAUGGCCGAAGACCAGGACGGCUUCAUCUGCUUCAGGGACAGAGUGGGCGACACCUUCAGGUGGAAAGGAGAGAACGUUGCGACCACGGAGGUGACGGAGAUCCUGGGGCAGGUGGACUUCAUCCAGGAGGUCAAUGUGUUUGGAGUGGAGGUUCCAGGACAUGAGGGCAGAGCAGGGAUGGCCGCCCUCACUGUGCGACCACAACUCACCUUUGAUGGUCACAAGCUGUUGGAACACGCCCUCAGGGACCUCCCGCCGUACGCUCGUCCGCUCUUCGUGAGGAUCCAGGAGGUGAUGGAGAUGACCAGCACCUUCAAACAGCAGAAGUUCCAGUUGGUCCAGAGUGGCUUCAACCCAUCAACCAUCUCUGAUCCCCUCUAUGUGUUGGACUACCAGCAGAACAGCUACAUUCCUCUAACAGAACAGAUAUACCAGAGCAUCAUCUGUGGAGAACGCAAGCUCUAGAGGACCCCUGGGUCACCAUGGAGACGGAGAGGGUCCAAAGACGAUGUUUGCUCUGUUUGUGUCUGUGAUCACUGUGAGGGAUUGUUCUGCCAGAGAAGCAGAACCCAACCAGAACCCCACCACCUAUGGACACUAAUGACAUUCGCAAACGAUGGGAUCAAUAAUCGGAACCAUUACAGCUUCACAGAACCGAGGAAGUUUAACUCUAAUUUAGUUUUUUAAAUUUCAGACAGCUUUUCCUGAAGGCUUUAGUGAGGGGGCAGUUUGGAGACGUUGCUGUGCUGCAGCCAGGUCUCAGUGCGCCCUGCAGGGUUAGGCUGGCAGGGCCUGAUCUUCAGGAUUAAAACACGUCCAGACUUAAUUUCACUUACGGAGCAGAUCAUCAGAGGGAGGGAUCAACCACAAAGAACUUUCCCAAUAUUUACUGUUAUUUUCUUUUUUUAUCCUCUUGGCUUGUUUGUAGCAGUUUUAGAUUUGUAUGCCUGCCAUAGACUGGUGACCUGUCCAGGGUGGAGCCCGCCUCUCAGCCAAUGACAGCUGGCACCAGCCCCCCUACGACCAUUAUGAAUGAUAUUCAAAAUUAUAAUCAUUGGCUGAGUUUGUAUCCAGCGGCUUCGUCCUCCAAAGAUCCAUUGGCCGAUGACGUCAUAGCGCGGCGCCGAGGUCUGUUCGGAUUGGAAGAUUCCACGUUAUGCGGCCGACAGAUGUGUCCAAGGACAGGUCCGCUGUACCGGGAUUCAUUGCGAGUCCAAGCACGCCAGCUGCUCUGUUUCUUAGAGGAAAGGUUACUCGGCGCCAUACAGUGGUGAAUAUUGGAAGUUCAGUUUAAUAUAAUCCAGUCAGUGAAUAGUUCCGUCUGAGAUGAAUGAAAAUAGUUGUUUUAAUGGUUGAAUCAGAUAUGUGGCGGUAAUGUUUGGUUUAUCUAAAGGUUUUAAUCUGUUACUGUGUAAAUGGGUUUGGCUGAUAUUUAAGCUCAGAUUCCAAUUUAUCUGGGGGGGGGGGACUAUAACUGUGAUAUUUCAGGCGGCGGUACUGCUGCUGAAGCUCCUCAACAUCCUCAGCUAGAAGCUCAGCAUCCAUUCUCUGCUCCUUCGUCAGUCAUCUGUCACGGUUGCUAGGCGACACAGCGUCUGCUGAGUGAGGGGCGAUGGAGGCCGGACCUGAAUCCAUAUCCAAACUCUUCCGGCCUCCUUAUUUUCAGGCCGACCCAGUCCAGAUAGACCGGGCCCCUGGAGGACCAGCCGCUGAAACUCAAACAGCCAUCGUCAUCAUUUCAGAAAUUCUUCUAGGAGUCAUGAGCUCCAGCUUCAUGGCAGAGAUCAUCUUUCUCUAGGGCCUCCCCCAACCUGCCAGUAGCACCCGGUCGGCCCAUCAUAAAGGCAGAUGUCUACCCGUACUCCUCACCUUUAAACUGUCCUCAGGUGUCUCAGGGUCAGUACCAUCAGGGGAACAGAUGAGUCCUCAUUGAAACCACAAAGGUCACCUGAGAUAUGUGUGGCGUACAAAUCAAUCUAUUUCUGAAGCUUCUUCAGGUUGAACCCUCUGGUCGCCGGCAGCGUUUCAGCCUAAAAGACGGAGAGAACAUGAUCACCAACCACUGGUCCAACAGCAGGACAUUUCUGGACGCUAGAAUAGAAAAGAUCCCCUUUAUUCUCCAAGGAGCUGCAGCUGCUGAGAGCAAUCCACAGCUAACAGAGUAUCUGACGCGUCUGCGACCGUUACUCUACGUCCCACAGACGUCUUUGAGAUGAACUUUUCCCGAGAGGCUCUGGAUGCUGCGUUUCAUCGCGGGUUCCCUGACAGUUUGACCACGA